AUGGUUAUGAUGACGAUCAUUUCUCUCGUGCGUGCUGCCUGGCCGUUCGGCCACCAGGAGGAGGAGAGCACCAGAGGUCUUACGACUCUGGUAGCGGAGCCGGUGGGCUCUGCAGGGUCGGCUGCAAGUCCGGCCGGCUCUGCGUGCGACGUGGGCGGCGAGAGGCCGCAGCGUGGCGACCACGGCAAUGGGGUUGACAAGAUCGUGCUGCUCAUCGGUCUCCUCGGCAUCCUGAUCAACGUAGCGGGCUCGGCAGAGCCCCUGGGCUUCAGGCCCAAGACGCCGCAGCGCGGCCAGCGCAUCGGCGAGUCGCGGCUACCGGCGCCACAGUGGGGACAACAUCACGAGCAGAACGUACAGGGUCUGCCGGCGGCAGAGCUGGCACAGCAGAGCACAUCCAAGGUCCCGCCGUUCUGGGCUCCGUACCUCGAGCAGCGCGGGUACCCCUUCAGGCUGUGGGUCCAGGACGUGAUGCUGUGGUGCGCGGCGACGGAGCUGCAGCAGCACCAGCGCGGCCCGGCAAUCGUCCAGCGGCUCGGCGGCACGGCGAGGGACCUCUGCCGCGAGGUGCCGGUCGAGGCCAUCGCUCACGGCAGGUUCGACCAGCUCGGCAACCUGGUCGAGGACGGAGUGCAGAUGCUGAUCACCGGACUCAGGCGGCGCUUUGGCCCGCUCGACGUCCAGUCAUCGAUCAGCACCAUCGUCGAGCUUCUCACAUUCCGCAGGCAGGAGCGGGAGAGCGUCGAUGACGCGAUCACGCGCUUCGAGGCUCUGCGCGCCCGAGUGGCGCAGCUGGACGACCCGUUCGUGCUGCCGACGCCGGUGCUCUCGCUGUUGUUUCUGGAGGCCCUGCAUGUGCCCAAGGCUGUGUACCCCCUGGUGCUGCAGUCCAACAGCGGCCAGCUGCCAUUGACGAUCGAUCAGCUGAACAGCGUGAUCGGGAUGGUGCGGCAGCAGGGCCACUUCGCGGAGCACACCCACGCAGGACCUCAGAACUUGGCUGAAGGGUACCGCGGCAAAGGAUAUCACGGUCAUCAUUGGUUCACGGGCGAGAAUGACAGCGGCGCAAACACCUGGAACGACACGGCCGCCUACAUGUAUGGUCAGAACGCAGCCAGCGUGGCAGGGAGCGCUGGAUCUGCACCACAGCACUACGUGGUCCAGGACGACGAGGGCUACGAUUGUUGCGCCGAAGAACUGCAGGAGUAUUAUGGUGACUCCGAGGGCUGGGACUACGACACCCUGCUACAUGAGUACCUGUUCGCGAAGCGCAGGUUUCGCCACUUCGUCCAACGGAACAGCCGCCGCUCUCGGUUCCCGCGCAGCAACUGGUCUCUACGCAUGAACAGCGGCAAGGGCGGCAGCAGCUUUGGACGCGGGCGAGGCCACGGCAAGGGAUACCACUUCGGCGGAUCGGUGGUGAACCCAGGCUCACUGGCGGGAGGAAAAGGUAAGAAGAAGAAGGGCGGCAAGCGCUACAUGGCUGGCACGCCCGGCGCCACCAAUCCCCGAGGCAGUGACGGCCGCACGAUGCGGUGUCACGAGUGCGACUCGGAGACUCACCUCGUGGCCGCCUGUCCCAAGCGCAAGGGCAAGGGCAAAGGCAAGCACUUCAUGUCCUGGAACACUGGCAGCGCCGCGACGGGGACGCAGCAGGCCGGGGCUCCAGCCGCCGACCCAACGUUGGCCGCCUAUGCGCCCGUGCCCGCGCAGCCGCGGACUGGAGCCUUGUCUGGAGUGCUGCACUGGUUCACUGAGGACGCCAGGACGCCCGGCCUGCAGAUCGACGAUCUUGACGAGGACACCUCCCGCGAGGCUCUGAGCUGGGAGACCCUUGACAUGCGCGACAACGUCGCGGAGCACGACAUACUGACGGAGAUCCAGGCCAGCAUGCAGGACCGAGCUGUGGAGGAGCAGCCUCCGGCGACAGUUGGGCGAUCAGCGGCCGUGACCAGCCCGACAUGGUUCCCAUGGUGGCGAGUGGAUCAGUUCGAGAACGCCAGCGGGGAGACCUACUUGGUUCGCACCCGCAUGAAGGACAGGAGUGGCGAGGCUCUGCUGGUGGACCCCGGGAGCCCAGGCAACCUUACUGGCGACGAGUGGGGCAACAGGAUGGCAGCGCGACAGCAGCAGGCAGGACGUCCACCGCCUGUCCGCACCCCACUUGACCGGGUGCUUGAGGUUGGUGGUGUGGGCUCAGGAUCUCAGCAGGCCACGCGCGCCCAUCGCUAUCAACUGGCGCUGCAGGGGGGACAAGCCGCGACCUACGAGGCGCCGGUGCCCCCGAACAGCAGCGUGCCGGCACUGCUCGGGCGAGCACCGCUGCGGGACCAGCGCAUACUGCUCGACUGCUUCAACAAUCGCAUGUACCGCAUCGGCCCGGGCGGCUACUCCCUGCAGCUGAGCCCAGGAUCAUCGCAGUACCAUCUGGAAGAGAGCCACGCCGACGGGAACAUCGGGGAGUUCGGGACCCACGAGGACGAUGGCAUUGGCGACUUCGACGACAUCAGAUCCGACAUCCUUACCUGCAGCAACCGCACCGACUACCGCAUCCACCAGGACGGCAAGCAGGAAGACAACUACGGCGACGUCAUCCGGCAGUGGGAAGUACAGGGGAGACCGCCAUCGGCAUGGGUGUUCGGCGACUUGCAGAACCUGUGCCAGAACGCGCUGCACGGAUGCGGAUAUGCGGCGGGUCGCAACUGUGAUGUUCACAGAUUCCUCGGGCAGGAGGAUAAGUGGGCGGAUUCCUUGCGCCACCAGCAGCCGGAGCUCGUUUGGAUCAGCCUGGCUCAGCCGGGCACGUCGCGAGGCACUCGCAACGACAAGCGAGCCAAGCGCUUCGAAUGUAAGAUCGCUCGAGCUCAACUUGAAGGGCAUCGCUGCUGCAUCGUCGAGGCGGACCAGGGCAGCGCGGCGUGGGACGUGCCCGACAUCCUGGAGCUGCUGGACGACAGGAGGUGGCACUCAGGUGAGCGACGUCGCCCUGGCCGAGUAUCAUUCGCGGACGACGUCGACGAGACCGGCUGCAAGGUGAGCGCGCUGACCGCGAGCUUUCCCACCGAGCAGAGGACGCGCGACAAGGCGCGCAAGGCAGCAGACCCGGAGCGCAAGGUGAAGAAGAGGCCACAGACAGUGGAGCAGGUCUUCGACGACUGCGGCUCCGAUUUCACGAAACUCUACGUAGCGAACGAAUACGAGCUGGACGAGGUGUGCUACGGCACCGAGCUCAGGGAGGACCAGCACAUCGAUGAGCAACCGUACAUCAUGAUGUCCGAGUUCUUUGGCAUGAUCGGCUCGGAGGCGCACCUGAACGAGAAAGACGAGCAGCAUAACUUCUUCAGCUCAGUCAAGGACAUGGACACACACAUGAACCUCUACUACGGCCACCUGCAGCGCGACGACGUCGCGGAGUUGUGCGGUGGCGCAUCUGGAACAACCCGGCUACUCGUGCGACGAGGACAUCGGGGCGGUCCCAACUUCGAUCUCAUUUGCGAUUGCAAUUUGAUGACGCACGAGGGCCAGAGGCAGUUUUGGGAAUAUCUGUAUCAUGGCAAGCCUCUUGUUUUACUCAUUAGCACGCCCUGUACGAGCUUGAAGGGGUUUUCGGCGCUCAACAAGGUCAUCAACUACGACGGUUGGCUUCGCAGUCGCAAGACAUCAGUGGGGCUGGCCCGCAUCGCCGCUGCAGCGGCGUGCACUCAGAUGGACGCCGGACGCCACUUUGUGUCGGAGCAGCCGUUGGGCAGCGACUUCUACAAGCUCGACGACUGGCAAUUCAUCGCCAACAACUACGCGCUGGCGUGGUGCCAAGUCGACCAGUGCAUGGCCGGCAAGAUCGGGCGGCGAACGGGACUACCGAUCAAGAAGUCCUCUGAGUUCUGGGCUUCGGACGAGCGCCUGCUCGCCGGACUCAGGAAGUUUCGCUGCGACGGCCAGCGCGAUCACGCUUUGCUGGCCCAUGGUGGCCGAGGACCCCAUCCAGAGCGUGACAAAUGGCGACUAGAGAACCCCAAGGAUCACGCGGAGUGGGCGAUUGGCAUCUGCCGGGAGCUGGCGGCGAGCAUCUCCCAGAUGGUGGAGCGCGUGAGUGCCCGGCUUGCCGGAGUGGUCGCGCGGCCUCAGACACACGACAUGCCCGAAUACCUGGAGAAUGCCGAGCAGACAGUGUUCUCCCAAGAGCAGUUGGACCUCGAGAGCUACGACCGAGACAACCACCAGCCUCCGAGGAGCCGACUGCGAACCAGGCACCGAGCGCCGCGCGAGCCGACGCGCCAGAUGCCGAACCUGAACCGCCACUGCCUCCACCUGUGCCUGCGGAGCGUCGACCUCGAGUGGCUCGAGCGACAGCGGCGGCACGGCGACUGCGAUCGCGUCUGCCAGCAGCUGGAGAGGCGGAGCCGGACGAGCCAUCAGGCGGCGCCUCGGGAUCGGCGGACGCCAUCGGUGAGGCACCCGUCGCGGAGCAGCCGGCUGCAGCCCCAGCCGCGCCAGCCCGAGGCGUGGAUGCGGGGACGCAGGCUCGAGGAAGUGACGAGCCAGGCUGGGCCGCGUUUGACCUCGGGCACGCGCUUCGACUGCUGCACAGCCCGCAUCAGGAAGUCGUUCGGCGCCAGCUACGACGACUUCAUGUUCGAUUUUGGCACGCUCCAGCAGCUCGCCUCAGAGAUCUGCGACACGUGCCGGGUGUGCAGGCUAUGGACGAGACCGGGACCGAAGAGCAUGACGAUCUCUCGGCUCGCGACGGGUUUCAACGAGAUGGUGCAGUGGGACAUCCUCUACAUCGGCGAACAGAUGGUGGCACACAUGAUCGAUUUUAGGCGGCCGCUGACGGGAUGGCUACGCCCUCAUGGCCCCAUGAAGCUGCUGAUUGCCGACAUCGAGGGCGGUCUCCAUGGCGAGGAGGCGUACCAGUGGCUGGACCGCUGGGGCAUUGAGAUGAAGGCCAAAGAGGAGGGCUCGCACGCGCAGCUGGUGGAACGCCAUCACGACCUAGUGCGCAAGAUCAUACACCGCGUGCAGGCCCAGCUUGCGGAAGAAGGCAUUGCGAUGCCGUUGGAGAUCGUGAUCAUGGAGUGUGCCCUCAUCAAGAGCCUCCUCAUCACCGUGGCUGGCUACAGCCCUUACCAGGCGGUGCACGGCCGACUUCCGCCCCUGCUCGCCGAGUUCGAGCCGGUGAGCGACUGCCAGAUCGACGACCAAUCGGCUGGCAUUCCAGGGAUCUCCCGACACCAUCAUCGGCUCCGCGAAGUCGCAAUACAAGCCAUGGUGGAGAUGACCGCGAAGGACAGGCUGAGGCGCGCACUUCGAUCCAAGACGCGCGCCCCGCACGAGGCGCUGCAGCUGGUGGUCGGCGACCAGGUUGACUUCCACCGGCCGCCGAGCACGAAGGAGGAGUCGGGAUGGCGCGGCCCGGCGACCUUGCUGCAGGUCGGACCUCCAGUGCUCAUUCGAUGGCAGGGCCGAGUAUUUCAAGUGCGACCUCAGGACCUUCGGCGAAGCCUCGUUUACUUCGUGAUGUUCACGAAUAACAUCUUCUUCGAGGCAGGAUCGCGCGACCCGGUGGCCACCAUCAUGAGCUACGCGGACCAGCUGGACAGCAAGGUCGUGCGCGUCGGGUGGCUCUUCGACGCCGGGUGGAAGCGGACCGCGGACAGCCAGAAGCUCAGCGAGUUGGUCCUGGCGGUGUUGCACGUUGCCGCCAGUGGCUUCUACCUGGUGGGGUGCAUCGGCGCGCGAGUGGGCAAUGGCGUGUCCGUGCUCGAAGGAAUGGUCGGAUGCGACCACAGCUUCCUGUGGUGGUGGCGGCGCGGACGCCCAGAGCUGUCCUGGUACCACGAGGCGUCGGGAUCUGCCCGACUGAAGUUGGCUCCGAUAUUUGGCAAGGAACACUGGCGGGACGUCAGCUUCGUGCAGUUCAUCAUGACGGACGACGAGUCCUUUCGCGAACUUCGGCGACGUGAACCCGAGGAGCCGCCGGAGCUUCAGGAGGAAGACUUCGACAUGACCUGGCAGGACAAGCCGGCGGGGGAGCUCGAGAGAGAUCGCGCUCACGUGAUGGCCCGGACCGUGAUCAUGGAGCCCGAGUACUUGUUCGCGAGCUGGCAGCACCUGAAGGAGCAGGCCGCUCUGCCUGCUAUUGACACCGAGUGCGCUCAGAGCGACUUCUUCUUCGCAGCCCCUGACGCAGAUCACGUGUCGGAGGCAGUAGAGGAUGAUUCUUCGAAUUCCCGACCCGACUGCGUCGAGAUCGGCAUAGGUGCGCCGCUCAUGUACUGGGUGCACCCUGAGGUGGAGCACAUACGACGACCUGGGUCAGGGGAGAUCUACAUCCUGCGCGUCUACAACACGGGCAAGCGCGAGACUGUCGUCGAGCGUGAGAUGAACGUGCUCACGCUGGAAGAGGCCCGAGCUCACGAAGUUGAAGUACGUCAGGCCAUGAAGGACCAGGCGACUAACAUCAUCGACUCGCGCUGGGUGCUCAAGUGGAAGGAGAUCGACGGCAAGAAGCAGGUGCGCGCGAGGCUCACGGUGAGAGGCUUCAAGGACAUGCAGUCACCGGAGCUGUCCACUUUUGCGGGUACUACGACACGAUGGGGACAACGACUGGUGAAUCAGGUGACUGCACAGCGCAAGUGGCGAUUAUUCUCAGCGGACAUCAGCCAGGCGUUCUUGCGCGGUCUCACCUUCGAGCAGGUCGCCGCCAUGGACGGCGAGGUCAAGCGGAAGGUACAGUUCACGACGCCGCCGGGAUCGAUCCCAGUCCUCCGGCAGCUGGAGGGCUACGAGGACUACAACCCUGUGACAGAGGUGUUGUUGCUCCUGCGCUGCGGCUUCGGUCUGAAGGACGCGCCGAGGCUGUGGCAGGUCAUGUCGAAGCAAGUGCUGGAGAAGACAGGAGGCAAGGCGCUCAUCAGCGACCCGCAGAUCUACGUGUACCACGACGCGAAGGUCCAGCUGCAGAUGAUCAUGUCCUCGCACGUGGACGACCUCAAGGGCGGCGGCGAGGACUACCUGCGGGAGAAGGUACUGAGCAUGAUCGAGAGCGAGUUUGGGAAGUUGAAGCGCCAGUACGACUGCUUUGAGUGCAUUGGCAUCAUGCACGAGCAGGACGCUGUGACCAAGGCCAUCUGGACGCAUCAGCAGCACUACGUUCAGCAGCUGCGACCGCUCCAGGAAGACCAGUAUGUGAUGGAGAACGAGGAUGGCCAGGUGAGCGUGGAGACCCACGCGGCGUACAUGUCGCUGCUCGGGGGGAUCGCAUGGAUGACGCAGACGAUGGCGCCCAUUGCAGUGUACGUCAGCUAUCUCCAGCGGCAGGCCAAGAAGCCGUCGGUCGGAGACAUCCGGAAGAUCAACAGGCUGCUGAAGUGGAUCAUGGUGAACUCGAAUCAGCUCGGAGUUCGGUUCAUCGAGUUGGACAUGACACGAGUGCGGUUGGCCGUCGUCAGCGACUCAGCCUUCCACGCCAUGGAGAUCGUGAUGCUUGACUGGUACAGCAGAAAGCAGAACAACGUAGUCAGGUCCACCUACGCCGCCGAGCUCAUGGCGUUGUUGGACGCACUCGGCACCGGCACCCUCAUGAAUGUGGCAUUGACCGAGAUCAGUGAAGGAGUAUGCACGGCGAACCAGAUGCGAGUGCGGCAGGAGGCCGGCGACCUAGCAUUGAAGAUGAUCGCGGCCAUCGACGCGAAGGCAGUGUUCGACGCCGUCUCCGCCGCCACCAUCAAGGUGACCACGGACAAGCGUAUGUUCGUGCCGACUCUCGCAGUGCGUGAGCAGAUCGACCGCCUCCAGCUGGCACAGCUCAGCUGGAUCGACACCGUGGACAUGCUGGCGGACGGGCUGACGAAGGGCGAGCUCGACCGGACGGCCCUCGUGAAGCUGGGCUUCAGCAGUGAGUGGCGCUUGAGCGGGCUGCAGCCAGUGGCCUUCUCAGUGCGCAGUGUGCUGGAGUGCCGCGCAGAGCGCUCGAAUUCCCGACCCGAGUGA